AUGGCACCUCUGGGGGACAUUGACAUUAGCCAAGCAUAUUCAUUGACUGUUGGGUGCAUUGUCAUCUUCCUUCUUACAUUUCGCCUGUCCCACACCGUUUUUCAUUAUCUGUACCCCAGACUUAAGCAUCUGGUGCACCGUCUCAGCCUUCCACGACCACGCAGCCGUCUCUCGGGCGUUCUUCCCAAGGACUGGUCUCGGAUCGCUCUGCUGGCGAUAUACCUCGGUGGCACUGUAGCAAGUAACGUGAUCUAUGUUUCGACUCUCGCCGAAGCCAGUUCCCGGGCGGCUAAGCUUUGUCUUGCAAACGUUGUUCCUCUUAUGGUGUGCAGUCAUGAGGUCGGUGCUCAUCUUUUUGGGGUGUCUCUUGAUUUGUUUCAUAGCGUUCACCGAUUGUUGGGAACCAUGGCAUUUCUUCAAGGCCUCGCCCACGGAGUUUAUGAGGUAGCGUCGGCACCAGUGCAUGUUCACGAUGGCACUGUCGUGUAUGGAAUAUCUGCAUCAAUCAUUUUUGCUUCGCUCAUGUUAUCAUCCGUCUUUAAGGCACGUGUCUACGAGUUUUUUUCGCAAUCACAUCGUGCCUGUGCUUUGGGUCUAGUAUUUGCAACUUGGAGGCACACUUACAACAAGUCAGCACUAUCCACUUGGUGCAUCGCCGGUGCCGCUGCCGCGUAUGCCCUCACAUUCUUGAUUCAGAUCUUACGAAUAGCAGUUCGGAAUCUGGCAUUUGCCAGACGUGCAGAAUGUUUGAUCAAUCACCAGGGAAAUAAUUUAGAGGUCAUCGUGUUUCCGGCUCGCCCAUGGACAGUUCGAGCAGGAGAGAGGGUCAAUCUCAGUAUCCCCAGUGCGGGACUGAUGUCCGUCUUUCAAAUGCACCCUUUUGUGAUUACGUGGUGGGACAAUAAUGAGUUGGGGAAGUUAGAAUCAUUCACGCUGCUCGUGAAACCGCGCUCAGGAUUCACCAACAAGCUAAAGAUGUUGCCUAGCACUCGCCAUAGGGCCUGGAUAGAUGGUCCAUACGGGCCAGAUCGAGCACUAGGCACUCCCAUAUCAGACUACGGUCAUAUCUUUAUGGUUGCAACAGGGAUUGGAGUUGGGGCUCAGAUCCCUUACAUCAAACAACUCUUGGAGGGCUAUCGGCGCGGAGUCGUACGGACUCAGAAAAUUGUCCUGAUAUGGCAGAUGGAUUUGGAAGCGGAUUACGAUGAUGUGCAAGAUUGGCUACAAGAGCUUGUCUCCCAGGACAGUGGAUAUGUAAGUGGCCCGCGAAAUGGUGUGGCGUAUUUGCUAAAUAAUGUAUGA